UCCACUCUGCCAGAGCGAAGCUCCGCAGUGAGUCAGGACUUACAACGCGCCCGCACUCUGCGGCCGGAGCCGCUUUGCGCUCAGCUGCGGCCGCACCAGCCGCCUUUCCUGGGAGCGAGCCCGGAGCAUCGGCUGAUUCGCGGGCGCUGGGUGAAGCCCGACUUAACAACCGGCCGCUUGGCCAUUUCACGCGCCCGCGAGGUACAGAAGGACGGAGAAAGGGGACUGAAGCUGAGCUGAGCUCUUCUGCGGAGGAGAGAGGCGCCAGGGAGAGGAAGGGAGGGAGGGAGGAAGGCCCGCGGUGGAUCGUCAGGACCAGUUUGCGUCUGGGGGCUGCGAAAUGCGGGACGAGGACAAGGGCGUGCUCGGUGGUGGCAGCGGUGAUGCGGGCCUGGCCACCGCCGCGGCGCGGGGGCAAGUGGAGACCGUGCGGCAGCUCCUGGAAGCCGGUGCGGAUCCCAACAGAGUCAACUGCUUCGGGAGGCGCCCGAUCCAGGUCAUGAUGAUGGGCAGCGCCCGAGUGGCCGAGCUGCUGCUGCUCCACGGCGCGGACCCCAACUGCGCAGACCCCGCCACCCUCACCCGCCCGGUGCAUGAUGCCGCCUGGGAAGGCUUCCUGGACACGCUGGCGGUGCUGCACCGAGCCGGGGCGCGGCUGGAUGUGCGCGAUGCCUGGGGCCGCCUGCCGGUGGACCUGGCUGAGGAGCGGGGCCACCGCGACGUUGCCCGGUACCUGAGCGCUGCUGCGGGAGACUGAUGGCGGGUGCACCCAGCCGCCCACAAUGACUUUUCUCCCCAGUUCCCCACCCCCAACUUAGUUCAAUGAAGGCUGCAAACAUGGAGCGGCAGAAAGCGUAAAAGCCACGCUGGGCAACUCAACUCCUCAUGCGGAAGAAGAGGCAGACCGGAAAUAAAUUCUUUUUUCCUGGAUCCCACUCUCGACACUCACCGUGAAGCCAAACGCAGAGAGGUGGGGCAAGUGAAUUUCCAGCGAGAUUUUGGAGCGCGAUGUUUAGUUCCCGGAUGUUGUUUACUUUGCAGAGUUUUCUGGCAAAAAAAAAUAAAGUAGCAUUUGAAGAAGUCCACGGAGGACAGAUCACACAGAAGAUGAUGGGGACGGAGUGGGGGACGGAGUUGGGGGCGGAGUGGGAGGCGGCGGUGAUUGGAACCCACUGGCCUUAAAGGAGUUUCAUGUAAGCCCCCACCCACUGCCGGCGUUAGGCCCUGGGGGCUACGAGGGAAAACCCGAAGACUACGAGGACCAGAGGACUAUGAUGACUGUCGAAGUGGGUGUCAGUAGACGCCCAAUGUUUUACGUACUUUUUGGUACUUGUGUUCAGCAAGUGACGUGCAAACCCAUACUCCCUGGAAGCCCUGGAGACUCGGCCCAGCUCUGCAGGAUACUUAACGGGGAAGAGAGGACAGGGAGCCUCCUCGAAUUUUCCCGCACAUUCUAACAUCCUCGGGUCAAGCUGAUGCAGGACAGCUCUCAGAAAGGGACAGGACCUUGAUGAUUGUUAUUCGGUCCAGGAGACAUUCCUGCGGCGUUUCCGAUGUCCGUGAACUGAACGGAAUGAAGCGGUGGAUUGUAGCGACUGCAAAUGUAGCAGUUAACUAAAGAUUUGCUUCGUCUGUUAACGUUGCCAUACAGAAACACCCCUGUAAAUUGCCACUUGAAAAGAUUUCGUGAUAUUUUGUACCUCUGAGUUGUUCUUCAGCAACAAUCUUACUUAAUGGGGAGACUUUAAACAACAAAGUAACUCGAUGUUCUUGGUAAAGAGGUGAGGAGGAAUUACGGCUCGUAAAUGAAGCUAUGGCGCAGUGCCAACACCUAGAUUACUUUUAUUCUUAACCUAUUUAUUUCUUUGUUAAAUUUUGUGUUUCCUUUACUAAAGUGUCUCAGGGGAUCAAACUAUGAAAUAUUCCAAAUGUCUUCUUAGGUGACCAAUGCACUUACCCAGUAAAUUAUCUCGAAAUAUUUCCAAAUGCGUUGCAUUGAGUGUAAAACUGUUGAACAUAUAUGAUGAUGGCUCGUGGAAUGUCUUAAUAUCUGCUAAAGGUGCACUGCUUUGGGAUUUAAUUUCCAGUGUUGUUUGAUUCAUUACAACAUUGAAACAACUAAUACUUCACUGCUUUAAUAAAGAAAAAAACAAUA